AUUGUAUUCUCUCGCGAGUGGUUCUGGCCAAAGCACACCUCAUCCUCGAGUCUCGUGGAAGACCACCUUCUGGGGCACGUCUGGCGUCAAUCACAGUGCUAAUGAGAGGCCGUGUGUGAGGAAACGAGUCCGCGAAAGAGUAUCAACAUUCACGAGGCAGUGAUUAAUCGUCAAUUUGCAAGUUUGUGCGUGUGCGUGUGUGUGUUUGUUUGGAAUAUGAAGUGAAGUUGAUGUUCCGAAGAUGCUCAAUCAAGGGACAAUUCUCACGAUCGUGACGACUCUUGUCACUGUCAGUUGCGCAUACGAUCAGGAUUACGUGGCACAGAAGCGUCCAAUCUAUCUGGAAUCCGAGGUGGGAUCCUACGUGGUGUUCAACUGUCGCCUGGACUUCCCACUGGACACCCCAAUUCCCUAUGUUCUGCACUGGAUCAAAGACGGCAAAAAUGUCUUUUCGUGGUACGACGGAGAACUUUCGGCGUCCAGCAACUUCAUUGGCCGCAUAAAUCUGCUGGACAAUGAGUAUGGUCUCGGGAAGGCAUCUGUGAAUCUCACAGCCUUGCGGGAGUCUGACGGUGGAUGGUAUCAGUGCAAAGUGAUCUUCCCCAAUCGGACUCCCAGUACUCGUGGCAACGGCACGUGGUUUCAUCUCACCGUUGACGGACGUCACAAUCUGCUGAAAGUUCCUCCUAUCAAUCUAACCGUCAUUGAGGGUGACGACGCCUUCUUCCACUGCACACUCAAGCAUCCAGACACAUCCAGGGUUCAGUGGAGACAGCGAAAUGUCCUCAUCAGCGAUUUACCACAUCUCCAGAGUCGCUCUCAAAUAAUGCCCGAUGGAAAUCUGCGCAUCAGUCCGACAACAAUGAGCGAUAUUGGAGAUUACUUCUGUGAGAUCACUGAUGAUCUCAGGAAUGAGAAGCAACUCGCCAGGGCGUAUCUCAAUGUCGAAUAUAAAGCCAAAGUAAUCUACGCUCCUCCUGAAGUUUAUCUGCCAUACGGACAGCAGGCCAUUCUCGACUGUCACUUCCGUGCCAAUCCACCGCUGACGAAUCUUCGCUGGGAGAAGGAUGGCUUCCUCUUCGAUCCCUACAAUGUUCAAGGGGUUUUCUACAAGAGGAACGGAAGUCUCUUCUUCAGCAAAGUCGACGAUUCCCAUGCUGGAGUUUACCAAUGUCAACCAUUUAAUGCCUUGGGAACGGAUGGAAAGAGUCCCUUGAUAAACGUUAUUGUUCAGCAUCCUCCAAUUCUGACAGUGAAACCGAAGCCAGUCUACAUUCACAAGCUGGGCGACACUGUGGAAAUGACGUGCGAUGCCAGGGACAGAAAAGGACUUCACAGGCCUAUAAUUCACUGGACAAGGAAGGAUGGCGUUCCUCUGCCCUAUGAUCGAUUCUCCACUGAAGGUGGGAAUCUCACCAUUGAGAAAAUUGUGGAGAGCGACAGAGGAAUCUAUCAGUGUUCUGUUACAAAUGAAGCCGCCACAGUUACAGCAGACACUGAGCUUUUGAUCGAGAAUGUGGCCCCUCGGCCGCCCUUCAACUUGACCGCCAACAGCACUGAUACGAGAAUCACCCUCAAGUGGAUUCCGGGAAGCGUCGCCAGACCCAGUAUCACAUAUAUAAUUUGGUACCGACUGGCUGAGGCUGCAGAGUGGAGAACGCUCAAAGUGCCCUCGAGGAGUACAAUGGAGGCCACAGUGACUAAUUUGGAGCCAGGCAAGGAGUAUGAAUUCAUGGUUCUCGGACAGGACAACUAUGGGGAUGGGGUCUUCAGCAAGGCAUUCAGAUAUUUCACGAAACCGCGAGAGUUCAAAGACGCCCAACAAUAUCGAGAUCCUAUUCACCAGUUCAUACAAAUUGGGCCUCCUCGGAAUCUGAGCGUAGAUCAGACACCGGAUGGCAACUACUUGGUAACGUGGGAUGCCCCGGAAUAUGGGAAGGAGAUGCUGAGAAUCUACGUGGUGCGCUGGUGGCUUGAACCCAGGCACAGCCUCCACGGCACCGCUGAGACACGCAACACGGAGUACCUGGUGAGUCAGCUGGACGAGGAUGAGCUGUACAUCUUCCAGGUCUUCUCACUCUCCACCUCUGACUACGAGGCGGGAAGCAAUGAGUUCGAGAUCUACGUGCCGCCGUACAGAAGGAUGCGCGCCAUCGCGAUAGGCACAGCCGCAGGGCUUAUGUUCCUUCUCGUGGCCCUUCUGGUCUUUGUCUACAUGCGGAGGAAGUGGUUUGGCAGCAUUCACAGCAGCAUCGAGAAGAUUGGUCACUGAGGACACACAGAGAAUUGGACAAAAAAUCAUCAACAAUUAAUUUCAACUUCUUUCAAAUUCUCCUUCGUUGACUCACGUCUUCAACUCUCUUGGUUCUUCACCUCUUUUUUACGUUACCAUUGUAAAUCAUUGUAUUGAGAGAAUAUUCGUGGAGUUUUUGUACCCCCAAAUAUAAAGUAUGAGAUGUGAGGUAAUUUUGCAGAGGAAUAAAGUUCAAAGUCAAGGACUUUUCUACGAACAGUUCUUGAGGCAAAUUCAAUUUAGCACUUUACAUCGGCUUCAUUUUCCUAGAAUCACUCUGUCGCAGAUGUUAUAUUUUCACUUAUUAUGGAAGUAACGUUUUAGCGAUUAUGUGACAAUUUUCUUCUCUAAUAACUGUCCUAACACGCGAUUUCACUUGAGUUC